AUGGCUGUCCACUCUAAGGACGAGGCUUUGACGUGCAAAGUAUUUCCCUUCAGUUUGGGACUUGUGGUGAUGAGAUGGUUCGAUGGUCUGAGGGCCAAUUCUAUAAACUCCUUUAAGAAGCUCACCCAGGCAUUUGGCUCUCGUUUUAUCACGUGUAGUAGGGUACCUCGACCUUUGGACUCACUAUUGUCCUUAACCAUACGAGAGAGGGAGACCCUGAAAACAUACCCGAACAGAUACUGGGAGAUGUACAAUAAGAUAGAUGGUGAAUUUGAUGACGUGGCCAUCAGUACUUUUAAGGUCGGCCUCCCUGCCGAGCAUUGUUUAAGGAAGUCUCUAACUGGCAAACCUGUUACCAAUAUGAUCCAACUCAUGGACCGAAUUGAUAAGUAUAAGAGGGUUGAGGAAGACCAACAGCAAGGGAAAUGUAAAGCGAAGGUUAUCCUUUAA